AUUUGCACGGAUUCUUUUUCGCCUGCCGUUGUUUAUACCUCACCCCUUCUCUCCUAUGCUUUAAAAAACUGGCCAUUCCCCUUCACCCACUCAUCUUUAAUAAAGCCACUGCUUUCUUCCUUCCUUCACCCGCUCGUCUCCCCCUCUCUCUCUCUCGAGAAACUUGAACAAAAGGAGGAGAAAACCCAAAGCAGCAAAGUACCUUGGAACAAUAGUAUUAUUUCAAUACCAAUAUUACUCAUGGUUUUUCAAUCUUCAAAAAGGCCUUGUUUCAUAGAGGAAGAUGAUGGCUUAGCCUCUCUUGCAGAUAUGGGUGCUGGGUUUUCAGGGAACCAUCACCCAUUCUUCUCCAGGUCUCUUUGUUAUGCGAGAAGAUGUAGUUUCAGGAACCUGUCAUCUCUGGUGCCUUCUCCAAGGUCGGCAAGGUUUUGUGACUCUAGAUUUGACGAUCACCAACCCCACUUCUUGGAAGCUUGUUUCCUUUGUAAGAAGCCACUUGGUGACAACAGAGACAUCUUCAUGUACAGAGGAGACAUGCCGUUCUGUAGUGAAGAGUGUAGACAAGAGCAAAUAGAUAUAGAUGAAGCCAAAGAGAAGAACUGGAAUCUCUCUUCAUCUAUGAAAGCAUUAAGGAAAAAUGACCAGAAGAAAUCCACGUCCCCUACUAAAGCUCAGGACUACUCUUCUCGUGCGGGCACUGUUGCUGCGGGUUAAAAAUGAAAUAGCAAAAGAAAAAGGAGUUUAUUUUAACCUAAAAGAAGUAUAUAUUUCCUCUACAUAAAAAAGAACAGGAAAAUACGAAAUACUACUAUGGUUUGAUGGUGGUUUUUGUCCAUAUAUGAAGAGCCCUGAAGAGAAGGAGCUUGUAUGUAUGGUUUGAAGAUGGCUCAUGUCCGAGGACAUAGAGGAAAGGAACAAUUUUGAGGACUUUUUUUUUUCUUCUCUUUUUAUUUCUAACAUAUAACUGUGAAUUACUACUAUGUGAAAAAGGGUGUAAUGGCCUGUUAGAUCCUGAUCUGGCCUUGUGUAGUGCCUUCUCUUUUGUUAUCUUUUAACGUAAAUGUGGUAGCGCUUGAUCAGCGAAGAAUGAUGAUGACAAGUACAUCUCUUUUUCA